AUGGCUCUCUUAAUUUUAAUUGCUUCACUGGCAUUCUUGAACAAUCUCGUAUCUAGUUGGGAUCUUUCACCUAUCGGAUUGACUGAUUUUGCGAUCAGGCAGGUAUCAUUGUACAAAUCUCGCGCAUUUCUUACAAUCGAUAGUCCCAACGUGACACUUGUGGAAGCAUCGUGGCCGGAGAAUAAGAUUGGCGUUCGGCCGCGAGUUCUCUCUGAUGAUGGUUUGAAUCUAACCAACAACUCCUGCGCUGGCUUGACUAAAAUUAUUGGUACCGAUGUUGAUAGAGUUGCGCGCCUUUGGAUUCUCGAUCGAGGCGGUGGUAUUCUCUUUUGCAAUCCAAAAUUAGUGAUACGUAGCCUGAUCAUCGCGACUAGCCGAGAAAUUCGUUACGAAUUUGGUUUUUCGGAUCGUGUGUUUCAUUCGAUUGUGGUUGACCCUAUGCAAGCGGCAGACGGUGAUACACGUGCUUUCAUUACAUUCGAAAAUACCGACUAUCUGCUGAUGUUUUCGCUAUUCAAGCGGGAAGUUGGUAAAAUGAAGUUUGAGAAAAAGGACUUCUCACCACUAAGUCCGAUAUCGUUGUCGGAGGUCGCGAUUAACCAUAAUGUACUUUACAUUUCGGAUGCGCUAAGUGGGCGGUUAUUUUCACUUCCGAUCAAAAGUAUUCGGCAGCUAAACUUUCCCGAAGGGGGCAUACAAAAAAUGAUCACAAAGACUAAUGUUACCUAUAUGGGUAGGUUAUUGAGCCGCGCCAGUGGACUGAAGCUUGACUUGAGGGAUAAUCUGUACUACAUUAUCGUCCGGGACGGUGCCGUUGUUAAGUGUAAACCAGACCAAUCGCUCAAAGCCGAAAACCAUGCGGUGAUUCUUCAACGUGAAAUCAACGUCAUUCAAAUUGUACUCGGUGUUGCUGGCAAUGGAUGGGCGAUUUCCAGUCAUUUUUUGUCUGAUGAAAGUCAGCGACACUGUUUGAGAAUAAAUGCGUAA